CUGGAGGCGCGUCCGGGCCCGGUGGCGAUGGCGGCGGCCAAGGGGGACGGGGCGGUGGGGGAGCUGGAGCUGCAGGCGGCCAUCGGCUUCAACGGACAUGUUCCCUGUGGCCUCAUCUGCCACCCCGACAGGGAGCACAUCCUGUACCCCCUGGGCUGUACGGUGGUGAUUCAGCACCUGGACACUAAGAAACAGAGUUUCUUGCAUGGCCACACCGAUAACGUGUCCUGCGUUGCCGUGUCCAGGGAUGGGAUGUACGUCGCUUCAGGACAAGUCACCUGCAUUGGAUUCAAGGCAGACGUCAUCCUCUGGGAUUUCCCAAAGCAGGAGUUACUUGCUCGGCUCUCGCUGCACGAGGGCAAAGUCGAGGGACUCUCGUUCUCGCCCAGAGGCAUUUAUCUUGUGUCCCUGGGAGGCCAGGACGACGGCAGGGUGAUGGUGUGGGACGUCAGUAAGAGAGGGGCUGUGUGCGGGAGCCCGGCCUCGCCGCGCAGCGCCGGCAAUGCCAACGUCGUCAUGUGCUCCAGCUGCAGGGACGAGAUGUUUGUCACUGCUGGAAAUUUCACCAUUCGAGUGUGGGAACUCGAUACAGCAACUAAAAAAAUCCAUCCAUCUGAAUGCUACGCGGGGCAACUGAGAAGAAUCACCAUGUGUGUUCAGAUGACAGAUGAUGAUGGUGAUUUUUAUCUUGGCACGACGAGUGGAGAUGUCCUGAAAGUGAACACAAGCAGCAAGGUGCUGACUGCCUGUGGGCCCCAGAAGAAGAAGUUGAGCAUGGUGAGUAGCAGCUCUGUGACUCCAAUUCUGUCCUUGUCCUGCUCUUUGUUAGUGACUGAAGGUAGAGCAACCUGCGGGAGAACCAUCACAAAGCGGAUUCUCAGACUAACGCUUUUCCUGCGCUGUCAGUUCCUUGUGUCUCGGUCUUGAUGCUGAAGGCUGAGCCCAUUGUCCCGCCUUCGUUGAGCUUCAUUUGGCUCAGAAUUUGGGUUUUACUUGAAUCUCGUGUGUCAUCCCACAAACUCUGUACAAUUAAUCUGGUAAACGUCAUAGGAAGUGAAAAGUAGUAAUAAAAAUGGAGUAGUUCCUGACUUUUUUGCUUCUUUUAAGAAGAUACGAGCUGGAGUGAGACAGAGGACGUUCCUGGGAAGGCUGGUGGAAGCGCUUGUUUGAGAGGCUUUCCCGCACUUACUGCUGUAAGGUCCCAUAGUCAGAUCUCACAAAUGUGUUAAAUUGUCUGGACUGAACUUUUCUUUUUGUGUUUGUUCCCCAUCCCAUUCCCCCACUUCCCUUCGUCUUUUUGCUGUUCUGAUUCUGCCACUGAUGAGGCAGAGAUCUUACUGAAAAAGGCAGUAUAAAUAAUGUAAUUCAAGAGUUUAUUGUAACGCGUAUGCACAAUUUGGACAAAACAAGGUUGCACAGGGUACAUUGAUUCUAUUGCUUUUUAACUUCUGAGUUCUUGACUUCAUAACCCCAAGGGUUUUUUAACUUAGCUUUUUUUUGUCUCUGAUUGGGACUCGUGGGUCUGAGCAUCCUCAAACAGGAGUUAUCUCCUGAAUAAGGAGCUUCUGACCGGUGGUCGUACAAGAAUUCUGCAUGCAGGCAGCUGUAAUGAUAAAACAAUCGGCACCAGCUAGAACACUUGUUGUUGAUUUCUCGUUAUUUGGUGCUAUAAAAGGCUUCUUGUAGCGUCUCGGUCUGUCCCUUGCCUAAGCUGGGAUGUGUUUUGCGACUGCGUCAGCAGCACGCCCAGCAGCGAGCAGCAGGGGCAGCGCUGCCGCGGGAGGGCCGGCUGUGCUGGUGGGGAUGCCGCGGGGCCGCUGUCCUGCGGGGCAGCAGAUCUGCUCUGAGAGCAGCACAAGCCCACAGGGGCUGUAAGAGCAGUUCAGCAGUCAGCCCCAAAGAAAACGCUCCUCUGGGCUUGUUUCUCUCAACCUCCUGAACUUUGCUUGGACAGGUGCAUCCAAACCAUGUACGUGCCCGUUCCAGAUGAAAUAUUUAUUGCGUUACAAAUGCAGGCCCAUGUCUCCGGGAUAACUUGGACCCACUGAAUCCUUUGAAAUACAGUUCAAUGUUGAUCUGUUCCAGAAGGGUGGAGAAGUUAUUACUUGUUUUUCCCACUUAUAUUGUAGGAAUGCAAGUAGUUUUUUUCUGUGUCCCUCUUAAAGGACAGGAAUGGAUGUGUUUUGUUUUCCUGCUGGCAAUGGUAAGUUCGCUGCAGGUGUGUCCCCGUGUGGGGACACCCGCACUGGCCGCGGUUGAGCCCCUUGUCCGGCUGCCCCCCUGCAGGGCUUUGCGUCCACGCAGGACCCGUGGCUGCUCUGUGCUGUCUCUUAGGCCAAGGUCUUGGUGACUGUCACCUCCCCUUCCAAUGCCUGCGUGCUUUGAGUCCUUCUCCAUCUCGCAGCACGUGCACCUCGCCCAGAGCCCCUGGUUGAAGCCGCCCGAGGGCCUGAACUCCCGUGUCCUCAGGGCUGAGGGAAAGGUGCCAAAUGCACUUGAAACAAAACUUCACCAAAAAUACACUUCUGAGAGCACUGCUAAAGAAGCCGUCAGGCAGGGUCACGAGCAGGAUGCUGUGCCGUUUGGGGGUCCAAAAGAAAAAGCCGAGGCUCAAAGCCAGAGCACAGUCCAGUCCGUACUGUGAGGGGUUUUAUCGUAAGGCAGAUCCAUAGGAACAGCAUUUUGUGGCAGAGACCUUUGGAGCAUCAUGAGCUUCAGCUGGCAUGGCUUCUGAGAGUGAAAAGCUGAGGGAAAACAGGCCCCUUGACUGUGCAAGAGGCUGACAAGGUGUUGAGGAGAAGGGAAGAUCCAGAAGUGGGUCUCGUCACAGCCGCCUGCCAGCCUUGUGGACGAGCCCUGAGCUGGUAGGCGCUAAUCUGGCUUCAGCUUGGGUUUAUUAGUGUAAUGUGGUGGCAGCUUCUUAGGAUGUGGCACUGGUCGUUGGGGGAGCCGGGAGAGAAAAGGAGACAUUCACAUUGGAUGGAAAUAGCGAGGAGUCCUCCCAGUCGCCUCCUUUCCCCUCCCGCUUCAAACAGGCGUUCCUGUUCACAGGCUUUUCGGUCAGACGCGCUCAGCCCCGUCACCCCUUCUCCUCUUGCUCUCUCCCUCGCUCUUCCCAAUGCGCUUCCCUUGUGCCCGAGGAGGGGAAUUCACCAGGGCAAACCCGUGUUGCUGCCGUCACUGGGAAGGCACUGGGACGUUUUUCUCUGCAGUUACUGUCAGUGCCUCGGCCACAGAUCCCCUCUCAUACUUUCCAGCUCUCUUUCCCAGCUCCGUGCUGUGAUUCCCUUUCCGCCCACCCCCUGCACAUCUCUGCACACAAAUCAUACCUUGUCACUAGACUGUCAACAAGUGCUCGCUGGACACACGUAGGAUCUCGUGUUUUAUGGCAGCAAUUUCCAGUUGUAGCCUCACCUCCAGUGCCGAAAGAGGUAUUUUGCAGAUGUUUUUUCGAGUCAAAACCACAGCGUUUAUCAAAACAAAACUAUUUGCAUCCUUGUUUCCACACAAUUUAGUCCAUCCGAUUGCUAACCAAGACAUCUUGUGUAUCUUUCUUGAAAAUGUACCUUGCAUUACCACUUGUACCAAAACUUCUCCCCUCUGGAGCCACGCAUUGCAAUGCUGUCUGUGUUUGAGAACAAACCUCUGCAACCCAUGUUCACCAGUUGCACCGGGGAAUUACGAUCUGGUGGCAAAGCGUGAAACUGCAAACCUGGAGUCCACAGCCGCCCCACGCCGAGCACAUCUGUAAAGGGUUUAG